AUGGAACCUCAAACCUGGCCUCGGAUACACGAUCGAUCAACUAGGCAACGAUCACGGCAAUGUAUUAAGGACUCUGAUUUGAAUAUCGGCUCAUGGAAUAUUAGAACGAUGCUACUCCCGGGAAAAAUGGCAGAAGUAGUUGAUGAAAUUAUGAAUUAUAACUUUGAAAUUGUAGCGCUUCAGGAGUUAAGAUGGAAAGGACAAGGUGAAUUACGCAAAAGAGAUUAUUCUAUUUUUUACAGUGGCAAUACCAAACCUGGCUUGAACGGAACCGGUUUCUACGUAAGCAAGAAAAUACGUAACAGUGUGUUAUAUUUUGAACCUAUAAAUGAUAGAGUCUGUGUCUUGAAGUUAAGGGGGAAGUUUCAAAACAUUACGCUAUUAUCAGUGUAUUCUCCUACAGAAACUACCGAAGACGAACUAAAAGAAGCUUUUUAUGAUGAUAUAUUUAGAGUAUGUAAUAAAAUAUCCAGACACGAUCUAAUAAUAAUAAUGGGAGAUUUCAACGCCAAAAUAGGCAAAGAAAAUUUUAUUAAAAAUGUAGCGGGACUACAAUCACUCCAUUCUAAAACUAGUGAAAAUGGAACACGUCUGGUUAACUUCGCCUCAGAGAAUAACUUGUGGAUAAGUAGCGUUUCAUUUCAACAUAAGAGAAUACAUAAGCAAACGUGGAAGAUACCAGGUGAAAGAGGCGCAAAUCAAAUUGAUCACGUUCUGGUAGACAAAAGACAUGCAACCUCGAUUUUAGACGUCAAAACAUGCAGAGGAGCUAAUUGUGAUUCAGAUCACUAUAUGAUUAAAAUAAAAAUUAGACAACGUUUAUCUACAAUAAACUCUAAUAAAAACAUAUUUAAAAGAAUAAAAUGGGACACAGAAAAGAUAGUUGCCAAUGAAGAUUUAAAAUUAGUUUAUCAACAAAAUCUAUCGCACAGAAUUGACAACGUUUAUAUAAACAAUAAUCCAUCACAAAACUGGGCUAACAUUUGUGAAGCUAUCAAAGACGCUGCUAAAGAGGUUAUUGGCUCUGAACCUCGAAACAACAAUAACUGGUAUGACUCUGAAUGUAAACGAAUCAACGAAGUAAAAAAUGAAGCAUGGAAGAAACAGUUAUCAUGUAACACAAGAAGUAAUCGUAUGCCACUUUUGCAAACAGUAGAAAACACCAUAAACCAACCAACAAUGGAAGAAACUCAAAUUGCAAUUGAAAAGCUAAAAAAUGGAAAGGCUAGCGGUGAAGAUUCCAUUAUAGCGGAAUUAAUUAAAUACGGAGGCAAUAACUUACAUUACAAGAUUCAUGAUUUAAUUAUUAGCAUAUGGAAUACUGAGAUUAUUCCUGAAUCUUGGCUAAAUAGUAUAAUUUUCCCGGUGCAUAAAAAAGGAGACAAGAAAAUUUGUAGCAACUAUAGAGGCAUAUCCUUACUUAAUGUAUCCUACAAAAUAUUUACCAAUAUAUUAUAUGACAGGAUAAACGAAAUAGCGGAAAAGGUUAUAGGUGAAUAUCAAUGUGGAUUCAGAAGAGGUAAAUCUACAAUAGACCAAUGUUUUGCAUUAAGUCAAAUCUUUGAAAAAUCACAAGAGCGUUUGACCGAAUCAAUAGGAAAAAAAGUAUUUGGAGUAAUGCAAAGGCUAGGAGUACCAGAAAAACUUAUAAGACUCGCAUGCGCUACGUUACGAAAUACAAAAGCGAAAGUACUUGUACAAGGAAAACUUACCAACUCGUUCAACAUUGAUUCUGGUGUAAAACAGGGAGAUGCAUUAUCUGCUUUGAUAUUUAAUAUGAUGCUACAUUAUGCAAUUAAUGAAAUUGAUCCUGGAGCUACUAUCUUCAUUAAAUCGUAUCAGAUAUGUGCGUAUGCGGAUGAUAUUGUUAUACUCUCGCGUAAUGCUAAUGUUUUGAAAGAAAUUUUUACCAAACUCGCUGAAGCUACUGCAGGUGUUGGGCUACAUAUAAAUGAAAAAAAGACUAAAUACUUCAUAAAAAGCAGAACGCCCAGAAUAACACAUAAUCUUAGUAUUGGAACUUACACUUUUGAAAGCGUUACUCAAUUCAAAUAUUUGGGAGUAGUUUUCUCGAAUUCAGAGGAUUCAUCAAUCGCAAUUAAAGAGCGAAUUAGUGCUGCUAAUAAGAGUUACUUCGCCCAUGCAAAACUUUUGAAGUCCAAACUUUUAACGAGGUCUACGAAAUUCAAAUUAUAUAAAACACUUAUAAGACCUAUUCUUACUUACGGAUGCGAAGUAUGGAACCUAAAGGUUGCAGACUGCAAAAUGCUAUCAAUUUUUGAAAGGAAAAUACUAAGAAGAUUAUACGGACCAGUGAGAAUGAAUGGCAAUAUUUAUAGAGCAAGAUAUAAUCAUGAACUUGAAGCAUUAAUACGAAAUCGAACCAUUAUUCGAUUUAUAAAAUCCAAACGAAUAAGUUGGCUGGGCCACAUGGUUCGUAUGUCAGGCGAAACAACACUAAAAAGAAUUUUCAUGCAUCGCGAGCAGGGGACGAGAGCGAGAGGAAGACCCAAAAGUAGAUGGCUGGACAUGGUUGAAGCGGAUCUAAGUACCAUGAAUAUUAGAAAUUAUAGCACGUUGGCUCAAGAUCGAAGUGAAUGGAAGAGAAUAGCUGAGGAAGCUUUGGCUCACAGAGGGCUGUAA